GUAUAUGAAAAAUAAACGGUCAUUUGGCAAUGGUUGACAGGGUUCCCCAAGAAGCUGACAAGUGUGUUUGGUUAUUGUUCCCGCUUGUUCGUAAAUAUUACCGUUAAACGAUCAUUUUCUUCGCAAAAUAAGAGAUCUUUGAAGAGUUAAACAUGGCAGACGGACCUAUAACGGAUAAUGGGAAGAUCAUCAAGAUGGAGGUAGAUUACAGCAGCAAUUGCGAUACGAAAAUCCCAGAAUGUAAGAAACUCGCAAAGGAGGGAAAGCUUCAUGACGCUCUGGAUCAGUUGCUGGUGCUAGAGAAGCUUACAAGAACGGCCGCCGACAUGGUAUCGACGUCUAGAGUCUUAGUGACCAUUGUAGAAAUUUGCCUGGAAGCACAAAACUGGUCAGCUCUAAAUGAGCACAUAAUAUUACUCUCCAAAAGACGAUCUCAGUUAAAGCAAGCAGUGACAAAGAUGGUCCAAGAGUGUUGUACAUAUGUCGACAAGACUCCAAACAGGGAAACCAUGAUAAAGCUAAUUGAAACACUCCGUUCGGUCACCAAAGGAAAGAUAUACGUAGAAGUAGAAAGAGCACGCCUCACCCACCGAUUGGCGAAGCUAAAAGAAGAAGAUGGAGACGUCAAUGGAGCUGCAGCAGUAAUGUUGGAGCUGCAGCUAGAGACGUACGGCAGCAUGUCUACGAAGGAAAUGGCAUCCUUAAUUCUCGAACAGAUGCGACUCUGCCUCGCCAAACAAGACUUCAUGCGAACGCAGAUCAUUGCAAAGAAAAUCAAUAUUAAGUUCUUUGAAAAUAUUGAAGAAGAAGAAGUCCAGGAAUUAAAGUUAAAGUAUUAUGAUCUAAUGAUGGAAUUGGCCCGACAUGAAGGCUGGCACCUGGAAUUAUGUCGUCACAAUCGUGCCGUUCUCGAGACUCCAGCUGUCAGAGAUGAUCCUAAAAAACGACACGCUGCUUUAUCUCGAGCAGUACUCUACCUCAUACUGGCCCCGCACGAGCCCGAACAAGCUGACCUUACUCACCGAUUGCUCGCUGACAAACUCCUCGAUGAGAUACCUACAUACAAGGAAUUGCUGCGACUCUUUGUAAAUCCUGAGCUCAUCAAGUGGUCCGGUCUCUGUGUGAUCUAUGAGAGCGACCUGAGAGCCACCGAAGUGUUCUCCUCAGCUACCGAGGAAGGGAAGAAACGAUGGACUGAACUCAGAAAUCGCGUAGUCGAACACAAUAUUAGGAUAAUGGCCAAGUACUACACCAAGAUCACAUUGAUUCGCAUGGCAGAACUGCUUGAUCUUCCUGUCGAGGAGACCGAAGCCUGUCUGUGCAAUCUGGUGGAGACCGGUGUGAUCAAUGCUCGCACCGAUAGACCUGCAGGUGUAGUUAAAUUCACCGGUAGCCAGGAACCGGCUGCUCUCCUGGACACCUGGGCUGCAUCGCUGUCAAAACUGAUGGGCUUGCUAAAUCAUACGACACACUUAAUUCACCAAGAAGAGAUGUUGGCAGUUGCGCAGUCUUAAGAUUAAGUCAGAGCGAAGAUAAUUGGUAAUCAACGUCCUAUUCUAAUAUUCCGCGAGAGAAAUAAGAUCUAUCGAAUAUUUCCCGGGUUUUCCAUUCGCGCAGAAUGUAUUUACCAGCAGGUGCGUGCUGUUUAAUAAAAAAAAAAAGAAGAAAAGAAAAAUAUGAAAAACCAGGAGAACGAAAUGUAAGAAACUCAACGGAGAAGUUCAUGUAUCGAGACGAGUAUUCGCUUUGCAGGUCCACGAGUGAACGAAACGAAAAAGGAAACGCUACUCCCGUUCCUUGCUUUUUAAGUUUACAAUUUUAUUAUAAUAUAUACAAAACAUCACAAUGAGUA